AUGUUUUGCAGGUUUGCCAAGGUUUGUCUGAAGGUGGAUUAUAAACUUUUCACCGGUGAGGUGAAACCCCUGCUGACCUUCGUCACCCUGGCCUCCAGCGACAUCAAAGCGGCUCUGGAUAAAUCGGCUCCGUGUCGCCGGUCAGUUGACCACAGAAAAUACUUGCAGAAGCAGCUCAAGCGGUUUUCUCAGAAGUACUCACGGAUCCCACGGUGCCACCCCAGCAAACCCCCCGAGUGUGGCUGGCGCAGGGGGGCAGAGGACCGGGGCCGUGGCCCCCAGCCUGAGGCACCUGACCCCAGUCCCCAACGAGGGGAAGAAAAGGAAACGGAGCUCAGACACUGCCGGCCCAGAGAGCCCCCCGAGUCUGCCCCGCAUGCUGGGGAGAAGGACCCUGCCGCAGUCCUCUCAGGCCGGGUGGGUGCCUGGACCUGCUGCCCCUUCCCCUGCCCUGGGCCGGGGGUGUACCAGCCCCCGGGUGCGUUGCCCCCGUCGCCCUUCCCGGGGCUGGGGCUGUGGAGAAAAAGUGCUGCUAGCCCCCCCGAGUCUGCCCCGCAUGCUGGGGAGAAGGACCCUGCCGCAGUCCUCUCAGGCCGGGUGGGUGCCUGGACCUGCUGCCCCUUCCCCUGCCCUGGGCCGGGGGUGUACCAGCCCCCGGGUGCGUUGCCCCCGUCGCCCUUCCCGGGGCUGGGGCUGUGGAGGAAAAGUGCGGCCGCGCUGCCAGCGGAGGUGCCACAUUUCUGCAAGGAGGCCGACGGCAUGGGGCAGAAACUCUACAGGCCUGUGGUUUUGAAACCCAUCCCCACCAAGCCUGCUGUCCCCCCACCGAUUUUCAAUGUUUUUGGCUAUCUUUAG